UGAUGUCACUGUACAAAUUACAUUCAGCAGAACAACACUGACAAAGCAACUAAAGCUAUUCGACUGUUCUGAUACUUCACUCUCAUGUCAGCAGUGCAUCAGAGCUGGAUGUGGCUGGAAGGAGAACCGCUGUACCUGGGACAGUGAAGGAGAGCAGAAUGAGAGUGUUUGCCAAAAGUCCUCCUCUAAGGCAAACCUUGUGCCAUGGAACAUCUCCGUCUCUCCCAGUCGUGUGUCUUACUACGGCAGAAAUCACGCUAUUUUGAGAGGUCACAACCUCACAGAUGUGAUUGCCGUCAAGGUUCAGGCAGAAAUGGACUGUUUACCACAGGAAUCUCCAGUUUGGAACAACACUGGUGAGAGUCUGACGUUCCACAUUCCCAGAAGAACCAAUGAAGCUGAAGCCAAAGUGUGUGCUGUCCUGUCUGAUGGGAGUUGCCAUGGCAAUACUGAAAUCAUCUACCAGUCAGCACCAUCUUGUAACGACACUUCACCACAUAUUUCCUGGAGAAGUGGGAAGAGGAAGAUGCCACUUUUUGGAUCUUAUUUGGAAUCUGUGGAAAUGGUCAUACACAAGUUUUUCCAACACGGGUAUUACCAUCAUGUAGAAGCAGUUCCUGAGAACAAAAACUCUGAGAAUCUCACUUAUGAAACACCUGAAGGAAAAACUUGCUUGUGGGGCUGCAGAAUGAAUUUGAAAGUAGCCAACGAAACAUUGCCUUGCUUAAGAAUAUUCUACCAUCCAGACCCACAGUUUCCCACAUUUAUGUCAAAGAGGACAGGAAACGAUGUCCAAGUCAUGAUCCAGUGUCUAGACUGGGUCCUGGAGAUGACAACAGAAGAGUUAUCAGCAUGGGGCGUCAAGGAUGGCAGCCAAUACCCCUGCAUCAUGAAGAGCAAAAAUAAAACACAUACUGGGGCAAACUAUUUCACAUGUGAAAUUCAAAACACAACUCAUGUCAAAUUUUCUCAGUUAACGAUUAAAUAUGGACGAAUGACAGUUCAGGUGGGGAAUCCACCUCUGAUUGAUCAGUACCUUCUGAUGCUGCGCCUUCUGCUGGUUCCCUGUGGUACUGCAGUGCUGGUGAUUAUCUGUCACUGCCUUGCUAUGAAGAACAAGCCCUGAUCAUUGGCGUCUUUUUCCUCCUCAGAGUUCCAGAAAAUAAAUAAUUUGUUAAAUGUUGGACUCAUUGACAUUAGAUAUGAUACAGCUUCUUUCAAUAAUUACCUUUAUGUUGAACAGUUGUAAUUUUUAAGAGGGAAAACCUUUUCCAUGUUUUCAUUUGUUGCAUAUUUUUUGCCAUAUAGAAAGCUAACAGCAUCUGAGUGACCAGACCACCAUUAUGAUAGAAAUAGUUAUUGUUUAGAAUAAUGGAGAAAACUGCAGGCGGUUGAUGUAACUAAAUAAUCUGCCAGAGUAAAACAUGCUGUGUAUCUCCAGAUGUUGAGGCUCAGCAGUUUGUUGCUGUGUGUUUGUUCAGUUUAAUCAAAAGAACUCAGAGGUGGAGUCAUUCUGUUCUGUAAUUCUACUGUUAACGUCAAACCAGAGAUUGCAUGUUGUAUUUUACAAAAUCUUUUCCAGCUUAUUGCAAGUAAUGAAAUCUGAAAUGUGACCAAGGACAUAAAUGAUAAUCCUGUUGAUUUUUUUGUAUAGAUUGACAAAUAUUGUAAAACUAAAACGUUUAUAUGCAUCUUAGAUCCUUUAAAAAUAUAUUCCCUCUUUGUUUUAUGCUGGCCUUUUAUUUUAUGCUUGCUUGUUGAUAUUUGGAAAUGUAUGUAACAUAUUUCAAAAUAUGUAGCAUAAAUUAGUGAUUGCAUAAAUAUUCACCCCCUUCAAAGUGAGUGACCUAAUUCAACAGAGGUCCAGUCAAGUGGUCACAGUUGUCUCACAAUGAGUGGAAUGACUGGAGAUCAGCUGAGAGGAGUGAGUGUAUCAGUUAGGGGGUGGAUAGAAAAAAAAUCUCCUUGGCUCUGAACAUCCUCUUGAGUUCAGUUCAAUCCAUCAAAGAAUGGAAGGAAUAUGAUCAAUGUGAUGAUGAAAACAGCCUGAGAGACCAUGAAGAAGAAGAAUAUAGACCCUGGAAGGUUUGUAAAGGAUGAAGGUAAAAUUAAAUAACGAGAAAUCCUGGAAGACAAUUAGUUCCCAUCUGCCAGAGAGCUACGGCUUCAAAGAAGAUUUAUUUUCCAGCAAGACAGCGACCAGCUGAAGCUACACAGAAAUGGUUUUGAACAGGACAGACGUUCUGGAAUGGCCCAGUCCAAGUCCAGACACUAAUCCCAUAAAAUUUGUUGCUGGACUUGAAAAUGGCCGUUGAUAGCUGUUCCCCACCAACCUGACAGAACUGAAAGAGUUCAGCAGAAAGAAUGGAGGAAGCCUGAAGAUAAACCGAUGACAUGCUGUCAUUUCAUCUGCUGAACCGGCUGAAAGGAGAAUAUUUAUGCCAUCACUUAUUUCACGUGACAUGUUUAAUUUUUUGUUAAAAUCAGUUUUUACUUUAACAUUUGAAUUUUUUUUUGUAAAAUUUAUUGAUUAUUAAAACCAAUAAAAGGCAGUGAGCACAUUUUGCAGGCAGUCGUAAAUUUUUGCUGUGCUUUCCGUCUUCCUCUGAGCUUUGGAUUACCUGAUGGUUGGAUGUUUGGUUGAACUGUGGCCUUUAAGGCUUCUCAGCAAUGAUAACUUAUAUUUUCAUAAAAUUAAAGAAAGAAAUAUUUAAGUGUU